AUGGCAGCCUCAUUCCUCCUAGAGGAAGAGAGAGCACACUGGGAACGAGGUUGGUUUCGUGAAAGCUCAGGUGGCGUGACCAGUAAACUACUUCACGUACUUCGCAGACUUCACUGUCCUAACGAAGCCGCAGCGAGCAUGGAGCGUCUGUUAGAUGAAGAGUAUAAAGGCGAAUUGCUUCAAAGCCUCAACGAGCUCAGGAAAUCGAACAUUCUGUGCGAUACAACGAUCAAAACCGAAGGAAAAGACUUCCCAGUUCAUCGAUGUGUUUUAACAGCCGCCAGUCCCUACUUCCGGGCGAUGUUUACCUCAGAGUUCAGGGAAAACGAUAGCGGCUUCGUAGAGCUAAAAAACGUAACAGGUGCCAUAAUGAAUGAAAUUAUUCAGUUUAUGUACACUGGGAAAGCGGAAACUGACUCAUCGAGUGCUCAAGAGUUGAUUAUGGCGGCCGACUUCUUGAUGCUGCCAAGUUUAAAAUUGAAAGCCUCGAAAUUCCUGGAAGGAACAAUCAGCGUCACGAACUGCCUUGCGCUAGAGUCUUUCGCUCGGCAGUUUAACUGUGAUUUAUUGAAGCAGGCCUCAGUCUCCUACAAAAUGGAAAAUUUUCCCUCUGUGGUGAAAACAGAUGAUUUUAAAUCACUGGACUUCGAGAGGGUACAGGACUUGAUCUCACGAGACGAAAUAGUUGUCUCUAAAGAGGAAGAAGUUUACGAAGCAGUGAUUAUCUGGGUUAAGCACGAAGUCGCAUCGCGAGAGUGCUUACUACCAGAGCUCCUGAAAUGCGUGAGAGCUUCCUCGAUGUCAAAGUACAGUCUUAAAAGGAUCAUUGAUCGAGAGGACUUGGUUAUAAAGAACCCAGCUUGUAUGAAAAUUUUGAUUCAGUGGCUCAGGGCUUUUCUUUUUCAAGAUUAUGUAUUGUUACAAGGGCCUCGAUUAUGCCUUAAAUUUAAGGAGACAGUGGUAGUUCUUACUGGUGGUCACAGGUCAGGAUCGAUAUCAACCUCUACCACCCUUGGCUUUGUUCUUGCUACAAAGAAGUGGUUACAAUUACCUAUGAUGCCAUGUCCCCGAACACGACAUGCUGCUGCAGUAUGUGGUGGUCAGUUGUAUGUGGUUGGAGGUUUCUCAGAGAUCCCAUUAUGUUGCUUCAAUCCUGUUCAAAAUGAGUGGUUUUCUACUGAAAAGAACCUGCCAUUCCAUCCGCAUAGUGCACUGGUUGCCCUUAAUGAAGAACUGUACCUGAUUGGUGGAGAUUCUGAUGAUAAGCGUCAAGUUAGGAAGUACAAAUGUAACCUUGAUCAAUGGGAAUUCCUGUCACCAAUGGCAUUUUCUCGAGCUGCACACUGUGCAGUUGUCCUUGAGGAGCUCAUCUAUGUAAUGGGUGGUCAUGAUGAUAAUGUGUGUUUAAGGAGUGUUGAGUGCUACAAUUCUGCUAAUGAUCAGUGGACUCAGAUUUUAGAUAUGAACAAUGCAAGAAAAUUUUCCGCUGCAGCAGCCAUCACUAAUGGAAAAAUCAUUGUUGUAGGUGGUUAUAGUGACAUGGGCUUUACAAGAAUUGAAGAAACUUGUGAAAUCUUUGACAAAAGUUUGAAUCAGUGGAGCUUGGUUUCAAGCCCCACAGUACCACGUGCUGCAUGUGGCAUAGUCAGUGUGAAAAGUGCUGUUUAUCUGUUUGGAGGAGAAGAUACUAACAACCCUGUAAAUAAACUUGACAGUGUAGAGUGUUAUAUUGUCCAAGAAGAUAAGUGGAUCCAUGUUAGCACCAUGCCUGAAAGUCUCUCUUGCCUUCAGGCUUCACUCAUUCAAUUUCCUGUGAAACAUGUGACAGAAGAUUGAAAUUGAAAAAGAGAGAAAUUAGAUUUUAUUCAGAGUAGUGUGUUGGUCUCUCUCUGGAAGAGUUUCAUAGAGGAUAUUACAUGGCCAAGUAGAGAUAUGAAAUCUCUCUUAGAGUAUUGACAAAUAUUUCACAAGUGAGAGCAAUGAAAAAAUGAAAUAUUUUUCAACACAAGUUGAGACAUUUUGUACCUCCAAGUGGCCGUGUACCAUUCUAUAUAUUACAUAAAUAUCAAUGAAAAACUAAAUCAUUUCACUUUUAGGAUUUUUAUGUGUAACCAUAACAACAAUGAUCUUUUCACAAGUAAAGAUAUUGUGUUCACAAGAAAGCUCGCUGGGAAUUUCAUUGGUGUAAAUGUAAUAAAAUGAUCUAAUUUUCCACUGAAAAAAGUAAAGCCAGUGUCUCAGUUGUAAAUGCAAAAGUAAGUAAUUCAAGUUGAAAUCCUUGGCUGAGCUUGUAAACCAUUAACCCUUAACUACUAUGAGUGACCUAGACAAAAUUUCUCAUUACAAUAUCAACAGAAUAUCAAGGAGAAUAAAGGAAAACAUCAUUUAGGUAUAAUAAGUUGAUCAAGAAAAAAUUUUUCUUUACAAUAUUAAAAGGGUAUCAAGCAGACAGUGACAAGAAUAAAGGAAAAUGUUAAUUAGGGAUAAUUAGUUGAUCACAUCCCAAAUUCUCCAAAUUAAAAAAAGAAUUGUAUGGCAGACAUUAAGGACAAUUAAUAACUUGAUCUAAUGAGUGAAAAGGUUAAACUUUAAUUUAGAAAUGUUUUUGAUGUUAUAUUUCAAUUUACUAGAAAAAGCAAAAUAAAGGGCUCUAAUGACAUGAUAAUAAGCCAGCAUGGAUGGUCUUAAAUUAGAGUAGUAAAUGUUUUUACAAACCUUGCCUGAACUACUAUGAAUUUCUACUAAACAUGUAACUUUAAAAACUUUAAAAUGUAUCCAGUUUACCAUUCAUAGAGCAGAUGAGUAUGACUUAUUUACCGAGUGUGGCUCACGACUGUCCACAGUCCUUUAUCACUGAUUACUCUCAAUUAUUUCUAUCGUCAUCAUCAUUAUCAUUAUUAUUGUCAUUAUUUUUAUAACUGUUAUCAAGCAUAUCUAUUUUUGUGAUUGAGGAUAAAAUAAAGGAGAGUCAGCAGUCGCAUAUUCCCUAACAAUUCUUCCUCUGAGUCCAGUUUUCUUAGAACUUUGAGUAUUGGUAUUUGUAGAGGGGUUAAAUCAGAGGCAGCAAGGGAACACUAACCCCAACCCACCAUGUUAGGCAUUCAAACCUGGGUCAGGUGUUCUCCAUUUCCCCAACCUUGGAUUUUGGUGGGUCAUGGCAACUACUCUUGAUUGUUGUUGUUUUUUUUUUUUGUAAAAAAGAUGAAGGAACAGUUAUGAGAAACAUGAGCUCAAUGACCUCAGUUCUUAACAAAAGUAAUAUCUACUCAACAUGAUACAAUUUUUACUAAGUUUUGAAAACUGAAAAAAAACCUUGUUAGUUAAUUAUUAGUAAUUUGAAAAUAUGCUAUGAGUUGAGCUUAUUGACAUCCAGGGAUAGACAGACUACAAACAAAAUGAUGUGAGGGUGUGUGUGGGGGGAAGGGGGAUGGGAAAAAUGUUUUUUAAAGAAAGCUUUUUUUUUCCUCAUAAUUAUUAGGAAAACUAUUUUUAUACAUUAUUGCAAAAGAGAAGCUACCAAAAGAUGGAGGAAAAAUAGUUCUAACUCAGUGAAAAUACCAAAAUUUGGUAUCAAAUAAAAUACCUCCCCCCCCCCCCUUAGCCAAACCUGAUUAGGUUUCUAGUGGUCCACCCUAAGUAAUCACAUGGUACUAAAACUAGUGGUAUAUGUCAUUAUUAUAGUAACACAUUAUGGGGGCAACAAGUCCAUCAACAUACACCCAUUUAUGACUACAUUUUCAAGUUAGGUAUUCCUUUGAUACUUGUGUAACAAAGCCAUGACUCAAUGAAGAUCAACAGCCUGGACAGAUCAGAGGGAAAGGGCUGUAAAAUGUAUGCUGUGAACUGAUCUGCACAUACUUAAGGGCAAAGAAAAUUAUAAAUCUGAAAGAUUAAUGGGAAAGGAGGCUACCGUUAACCUGUUACCCCUAAGAAUGACUAGCACCUAAUUUCUCCCUACGGUUUUACCAGUUUCACCAAAUUAAGAAGCCUUUUAUUCUAAAACUCUCCAUGUUAGUACCAUGGGAAUAGAGUGGAGAACAGCGUGGGGAAUUUCCAUACAUUAUUAGGGUGUGAAAGAUUAACAGCUACUUAAGGAGCAACCUUUCUCCUUUUCUUUAUGGAAAAGGGAAUCCUAAAGAAGAGAAAGUCUUCACUUCCUACCUUGAGCUCAUAGAGGACUCAGUUAAAACAAUCCUCCUCUGGAUUAUCAAGAGGGGGAGUUCUCAACUUUUAAAACCAGCCUUCUCACUGGGUUGGCUGGCAUGGGAGGUUGUGUACAAGGAUAUCGUAGAGGUUAAAAUUGGGAAAUAGUGGAUUGGCUGUGGCAUUCGUAAUAGUUUUCUUAUAUCCAGCAGUCUUGGCCCCACUCAUAAUUGGUCAUUUCGUGCCAAAAGUGUUGAACUAGUGUCUAUCUUUUUUUUCUACAGGAUGAAAAAGACGAAGUCAUCACCACGAACGUAUGGGUGAGGCAGGUAAGAGAAAUAAGGGCCAUCCUACUAAAAGUGACCUUCAAAAAAUAGCAAAUGAUGGAAUUAUUCAGUUAUCAUCAUCUGUUUGACAAACAGAUUCCAUGUUGCCGUGCGUCUGUUUAGUAAUACAUUACAGAUGACGUCAAAAUGUAUUAAGAACAAAACGUGACGCACUAGACACAGCCGAGUUUGUCUAAUGUUUUUACCACAUUUUCACGUCUUCUCUGAUUUAUUACUGUACAGACCUGUAGCAACAUGGAAUCUAUUUGUUUUAUGGGAUAAAAAAAGAAAAUGUUAUUAAUGGUGACGUCAUCCAUGUGUUUGUCGUCCAAUAGAUCACAGGUUAGAGCCAAUCAAAAAGCGUGUAUAUUUCCUGUUAUCAUAUAAAUUUAGAUAACCCAAUCUGACCGGCAGAAAGAAAAGCGAUCUAGCGGCAAACUUCUCGAAGUUUUUCAUGUACAUCGUAUGUUUUAUUUUAACUAUUUACAGUUUUUAGCUCAUAUUAUUUUUAUCAAAGUAUUAGACCACACUCUCUGCUUACUGUAAAAAUGCCUAAGGGGAUGUUGGGAGCAUACGAGAAAAGCUUUAAAAUCAUGAGCCGAAGGUGCGUACGUUACAAAUUUUUCGUGUGCGGUAUAUUGCCAUUCUAAGAUUGCUGUGGGUUUACCGGUACAAUAAUCAGCGCGGGGAGAACCUCCCCCAACGGUUAUGUUAUAAAAUGGUAUUUUCAGCUGUUCCCUUCUAAUUUGGAGUUAAUUUGCAUUUAAGUAAGACUGAAGGGUGGCUCGAAAAUUGCUUUUGUGUUGUAUCACUGAAAUGAACAGUAAUUGCCUGUCGAAGCUAAGCUCAGUGAACGUUUGCAAUAAAAUAGGAGAGUUGUCCAAUGUUUGCAUGGAAAAUUUUAGCAGUGUAAGCUUCUAAAGAGCAAUUUCACUCUCUUACUAAGAAGUAUUCUGAUUCAACCUGGAGAGAGUGGACGAAGAGUGAACUCUUUUCAUUACUGAUCAUGACGCUACCUUUAAACUUUCGUCCCGGUUUAAAAGUUUAGUUGGAACAUUACUAAAUAUCAGUACCUUUCUAAACUAGUUAACUUUUUAAUAUUUUAGUACUGGAAUGAUCCAAGAUUUUCCUGGAACAAGGCGGAAUAUGAAAACAUUACACAGAUCAUCAUCAACCCUGAAAAAGCUUGGCUACCAGAUGUUGUGCUAUUAAACAGGUGAGACUUAACACAAUGUCUGAACCACUUUUUUACAUCAGCAACACGAUUCAAAGCUCGAUUAGUUCAAUUACGUUACGUGGAUGCUAUCAAGGACGAGGAAUCGGUAUACCUUCCGAUCUAGCCUCCUAGAAAGCUAUGAUGUUUGCACUUGGCAUUUGUAUAACCUAGACUUCUCCUUACAGCCUCCAAGCACCUCAUUAUGAGUGGUAGCUUGCAAGACCCACAUCUCUUGCAGUUUAUAUUAAACUCUAAAGUAUGUGUACUAGCUCGCCAAAUGAUCGGCCGAGAUGACCGUUGGCGAAAGAGAGUUUUCCAUCUCUGCACUUAUGAUUGCUCGUGGUGAUGGAAAAACUAUCAGCCUUCUGGAAAGAGUCUAGAAAUUGUUUCAUCUUGAAAAAAACAAUUAUUAAUGAUGGCGCGCGAGAAUGAAUAGAGCUAAGACCUUCUCUGUUUUUCAGCGCCGAAGCGAUGUCAGACGGGCGUAGUACCGCGGCUCGCCUAGUCGUGAAGCACGAUGGGAAUGUAUCUUGGUUGAACCCAGUGAUUAUCACGAGUUCUUGUGUAAUUAACAUCACCUUCUUCCCAUUGGAUGACCAAAGUUGUGAGCUCAGAUUCGGUUCGUGGUCGUACAGCAGUGAAUUCUUAGAUGUUCAUCCGAGGAGAGAAAGCGCGGAUCGAAGUUCGUAAGUGUUUUCAACGAAACUUUCGAUUCUUAAGCAAAUAAUUAUUAGUGAUAAAAUCUUCCCGCAAUAAUUGGGAGUCGCGUUUGCAAUCACUUUGACCAUAUAAGCAUUUGAACUGCUUUAUCAAUGACAAUUGCUCAAGUUGGUUACCUUAUUACGAUGUUAAUCAAUUACUUUAAAAUGCAGGUACGUCGAAAAUGGUGAAUGGACGUUACUCGGGGUUAAAUCAGAACGCAGACUGUUAACUUAUGAUUGUUGUGAAGGAGAGUUCCCGUAUGUGACGUACCAUGUGCAAAUACGCAGACGUACUCUGUUUUACAUGAUGAACUAUAUUUUGCCAUGCGUCCUGAUUGCAGUCCUAACCCUGCUCGUCUUCCUACUGCCGCCCGAAUCUGGAGAGAGAAUGUCUUUUGGAGUCACGGUGUUACUAUCGUUUACUAUUCUGCUGUUGAUGCUGAUGGUGAGCAUGCUUUCAACUCAGGCUCACAGACCCUUUCAUACAGUGUAAAUCUUAACCUACAUCGAUCCAGAUCGGAGACAUACGUAGGUCUAAUUAUCGUAAAUCCUCACUGAAGGAUCCUUUCUUAUGUGUCAUUUUUUCAUGUGGCACGGUAUUGUUUUUAUCAAAUUCUAAUAUCAAGCAUUUCAAACAAACUAUUUCAAGCCUACAAAGUUUUGCAUCAACGUUUUGUUAUCGCAUAUAAGUGAGGGAUAUACGGAAAGAGAAAUUUCUCACCUCUAAGACAUUUGAGCGCGUACGAAAAAGAUUAACUGGCUACGGGCUAGAGCUGUUUUAUUUCCGAGAGGCAUUACUUUUGCAAAGGUCUUGUGUUCUUUUUGAAGUGUUAUGAUGGGUAGUUUAGUCGACUAUGUUUUUUCUCCGGUAGGCAAAGCUUCCUGCCACUUCCAAAGACACCCCACUAAUUGCUGUUUACUAUGCCUCCACUUUCAUCGAAGUGUCAGCGGCGAUGGGAAUGGCCUGCCUCAUGCUUCGUUUUUACCAUCCUGACAAUUCCUCGGCCCCAAUUCCCGCCUGGAUCAGGGUACUUAAACAUCAUUUUACAACUUUAGUUAUGUAUUCGCCUAUAUAAGGAAUACUUUUUUCUGCAAAAUAUGUCAGACGUGUUAAAUGGUUCAGAUUGGCCCGACUGGCGUUUUAUGAUCUCCAUAAGACAAGAGACUAUUUUUGGUAUUCAAUAGCCUGGUUCUCUUUUUUUCACGAUAGGUCUGUAUCCUUAACUACUGCGCACGCCUGGUGCGUUUAAGCACAUCCGCUGGACGUGUCCGACAAGCGCAGAUCGUCCAGGAGUGGCGUCAAGGUUGGACUGUAAUGUUUAUUGUUUCCUUUCGUGGCCAUCAAUUAAUUCUACCCCACCGCCAACGGUUCAUUGAAAAAAUAAACAUGCAGGAACAUGAUAUUACAUCUAGAACACCGGGUAAAGGAUCAAUAUUGUGUCUAAAAGACGGACAACGAGUUGAGAUCUAAUGGGAAAUCUAUUAUGAAAAAGACAUCAGCGUAACUUUUCUGUUAACCCUUCAUUCUUUCCUUUCUUUAGAAAAUAUUUCAGUUAGUGCAACUUCAAAUAUCGGAGAAGCGUCAGUUUGAAAAAAUUGUUACGUACAGACGUUUAUAUUGCAUGACUGAAAACACGAAUAUAAUUAGUAUUGCGAAAUUUCAGAUUACAUUCAUGUUCUCCACUGAAUCACACGUGCCUGAAUUAAAUUUUGUAACAUUACCAAACAAGGAUACAUGUCGACUUCCUGGUGUUAACUACCAACCAAAUUCAAUUUUCCGUCACAUUGUGCGAGAGCGUUAGAGUUCCUACGGUUUAUUCUAUUCUAUUUAUCUUAAUUAAUUAAUUUAUUUAUUUAUUUUCGUUCCAGUAAAGCUACGUGAAAACAGGGGCAAAGAGCAAACGAACAUGACAAUUUUGACAGACAACAUCUUCAGGAAAGAAGACGCAGACACCAUGAGAGAGGAAUGGAGGAUGGCAGCCAUGAUUAUUAAUCGCCUCUUUGCUUGGAUCUACCUCAUCACCAUCAUCAUAACAUUGGCAGCCGUGCUGCUAAAGUCACCACGAUUUAGGAAAGGGGAAUUUUAACUUAGUUAAACAACCUCUCUCACGACAAGUCCUUACUAACCGAAGAUACUUAAAAUCUCGUUAAACAACUUUUGAAAGUAUGACAAAAUGAAAAUAUUGUAAGCAAUUUAGCCGUACGAUAAUUUUGACUUUUAAACAUAUCAGGGAUUCUAGGGUAAUACUUAACCCCUUGAACUACACGACGAAAAUAUAUCUUUAAUUGCAGAGAACUUUAUUCUCAAUUCAAAAAGCAACAAAUAGAAUUAACGCAGUACAAGUAACCAAUUUUUCCAGACCAGUAAGGAACUGGUGAAAUGCAAGUAUACCUUCGUUGUGAAUUUACUGAAAAACAUUGACACGUAGCAUUCUUCGCUUUGAAGAUAGUUGCCCUUGAAUGUUAAAAUAUACUUUUAGAGUAUACUUUUAUGGUUGAUUACAAAAAGAAAAAUACUCUGAUUUUCCAUUCGUUUACAAAUAACAUUAUGAC